AUGUCUGCUUGGGGCGACGAAGUCCAUCAGCCUUACGGCCAUCCCGACGACUAUCCAGCUCCGGACCUCAGAACAUGGCGUGUGCAUGUUAGACGUCCGUUGUUGCAUAGUGGCUACCACUCGGACAACAACAGGGCAUUUGCGCAAGCAGCUAGCACUUCCACAAGCCAAAACCCCUUCGCCCCGCAUUUCAGCCCUCAUUCAUACUAUGCUGCAACGGGGCAAAUACCACCUCCUCCCACCGUUACCAGGUGCGAAUAUGAUUCCCAUGGACCAUCCGGUUCAACUCCCUAUCGCUCAUCGCCUCCUCCUCCUGCUACCGACCUCUCAUACCCACCGAGUUGUUCCAGAUUUCCCUCAACUCUCGCUCGUUCGUCUCCCCCGCUAUCUUCAUUUUAUGCAAGAGGACCACAUGGACAGCCGGACGAGCAAUCGCAGCCUCCACCGCCAUAUGCACCCCCGCACCGGAAUUCACGACCGUACCGGGCGUCACCUCCACCCACUGCAAGACCCUAUGUAAGUAAGAUCCUUGUCCAGAAUACGUCCAACAUCUGCAAACAAUGCGCCUUCAAGCUCACUCGGCAGCCGUCAUCCGCGGGGACGCUCGGUGCGAAAGCGUAUCAAUACAGCCCGCUCCGAGACCGCGAGAUCAGACUAGUUCGGAUAUUGCCCACGAGGAUGUUUACGAUCAAGUGCGAAAUCUUUCAUGCCUCACUUGACCCAGCACCGGAUUAUGUAGCCAUCUCGUACGCCUGGGGCGAUGCUGACGAUACGCGGAAGAUCCAGGUCGAAGGGGUCCCCGUGCCUGUUGCCGUCAGCCUCCAUGGCGCACUUGGAGCUCUUCGAAGAAAGGACAGAGAUGUCUACGUCUGGGUGGACGCCCUCUGCGUCGACCAGCAGAACAAGGAGGAGAGAGCUCAACAGGUACGACUGAUGACGUCCAUCUACAAAGCCGCAGCGUCAGUCGCUAUCUGGCUAGGACCUGAGGGAGACCAAAGCAGUCUCGCAUUGGCGUUGCUGGAGGACUUAGUGGCAAAGACAGCAUCCCCACAACGCAUUACAAAGGUCAUAUCUGACUCUCGCCGGCGCGAAGAAUUUGCGGCGAUGGUGUCGCUUUUCGAGAGGGACUAUUGGAGAAGACUAUGGGUCGUCCAGGAAGUCGUCAACGCCUGA